UGUAUGGCGGUGUUAGAGGUGAAAUUCUGGGAUCAUCGCCAGACAAACUACAGCGAAAGCAUUUGCCAAGAAUGUUUUCAUUGAUCAGGAGCGAAAGUCAGAGUUUCGAAGACGAUCAGAUACCGUCGUAGUUCUGACCAUAAACGAUGCCAACUGACGAUCCGCGAUGGUUCUAUAAUUGACAUUGCGGGCAGUCCCCGGGAAACCUUUAAGUCUUUGGGCUCCGGGGGAAGUAUGGUUGCAAAGCUGAAACUUAAAGGAAUUGACGGAAGGGCACCACCAGGAGUGGAGCCUGCGGUUUAAUUCGACUCAACACGGGAAAACUCACCCGGCCCGGACACUGUGAGGAUUGACAGAUUGAAAGCUCUUUCUUGAUUCGGUGGAUGGUGGUGCAUGGCCGUUCUUAGUUCGUGGAGCGAUUUGUCUGGUUAAUUCCGAUAACGAACGAGACUUUAACCUACUAAAUAGUAGAUUGGUCCUCUGUGCUCGUUCAGGGCGCGGCUUCUAUUGCUUCUUUAUGGAGUAGUGUGGUCGUGAUCCGGCGGGUACGGUGCCAGUUUUUACUUCUUAGAGGGACAGACGGCACAUCGAAGUCGUACGAAAUUGAGCAAUAACAGGUCUGUGAUGCCCUUAGAUGUCCGGGGCCACACGUGCGCUACAAUGACGGUGCCAGCGAGUCUGGGAACCUGGCCCGAAAGGGUUGGGCAAACUGUUUCAUCACCGUCGUGACUGGGAUCGGGGCUUGCAAUUAUUCCCCGUGAACGAGGAAUUCCUGGUAAGUGCAAGUCAUAAGCUUGCGCUGAUUACGUCCCUGCCCUUUGUACACACCGCCCGUCGCUACUACCGAUUGAAUGGUUUAGUGAAGCCGUUGGAUUGGUGUCGUUGCAGUGGCUUUGCCGCUCGACUGAUGCCGAGAAGACGACCUAACUUGACUAUUUAGAGGAAGUAAAAGUCGUAACAAGGUUUCCGUAGGUGAACCUGCGGAAGGAUCAUUACAAGACAUUCAAACAUGUACCCAAUUGAAGCACGGAUAUUGUUCUGGUGUGCUGAGACAUGCCAGUUGGUGUAGGUUCCCCAGAUCUAAACACCAAAGCAUAUAAACCCGAAAGAUUAAAUAUGAGAGUGAAGUAUACAUGGUGGUAUCGUUCCAUGACGUAGACAUGUGGCCUUGUGCUAUGUGCACCGUCGGGACGGAUCAUGCAUGUUGAGAAGACUGAGCUGAGCAGUCGAUAAUAGAGAUCUUGGUGGUCCAUUGAUAAGUGUUGUUUGGCUUGAGCAACCAUUCAGCACAAAAGAGUGAAAUACUCUUGAAGACUGGGAGGGCAGUCAAUAGACGAUUGAGAGAGGUGUUCAUGUCGGUUCAUUGAUAAGUGUUGUUUGGCUUGAGCAACCAUUCAGCACAAAAGAGUGAAAUACUCUUGAAGACUGGGAGGGCAGUCAAUAGACGAUUGAGAGAGGUGUUCAUGUCGGUUCAUUGAUAAGUGUUGUUUGGCUUGAGCAACCAUUCAGCACAAAAGAGUGAAAUACUCUUGAAGACUGGGAGGGCAGUCAAUAGACGAUUGAGAGAGGUGUUCAUGUCGGUUCAUUGAUAAGUGUUGUUUGGCUUGGGCAACCAUUCAGCACGAAAGAGUGAGGUAAUCUUGAAGACUGGCACGGCAGUCAAUAGACGAUUGAGAGAGGUGUUCAUGUUGGUUCAUUGAUAAGUGUUGUUUGGCUUGGGCAACCAUUCAGCACAAAAGAGUGAGGUAAUCUUGAAGACUGGCACGGCAGUCAAUAGACGAUUGAGAGAGGUGUUCAUGUUGGUUCAUUGAUAAGUGUUGUUUGGCUUGGGCAACCAUUCAGCACAAAAGAGUGAGGUAAUCUUGAAGACUGGCACGGCAGUCAAUAGACGAUUGAGAGAGGUGUUCAUGUUGGUUCAUUGAUAAGUGUUGUUUGGCUUGAGCAACCAUUCAGCACAAAAGAGUGAAAUACUCUUUACGACUGGCACGGCAGUCGAUGAUUGAGUGAUGACUGAAACCGCGCAGUCAAUCAUUCAAACUGAAACUUAAAGGAAUUGACGGAAGGCAGCAAUGCAUUAUAAUUCUUUGACCGGGGUACCUAGCCUGUCAUAUGCUCUGAUGGUGUUCUCGUGACUUUUGUUGCCAGAUCUGCCAAGGGCGAUGGGAUAGUACGCGACCUAAUGGUUGUGUGCAAGGUUUGAAGAAGGCUGUGUGCUAUAUGCAUGCGCCUCGCCCUGAUAAUGUUUACUUCUUUUUACACUGUUUAAGCGAUCCGGUUUGGCUUGCCAUUCACGGGUUUGCUGCUCCGCAUGCACCUGGCUUUAAGCUGGACUGCAUGUACGCUGGCCUGGUAGACUUGCGCCCGGGUUGCAGCCUCGAACCUUUAGUUCUAUGCAUCUGGGAAACCGGUGUGUAGGAUUAUUGGAGUACAACUUUGAGCGGUGGAUCACUCGGCUCGUGCGUCGAUGAAGAGUGCAGCCAACUGUGUGAAUUAAUGUGAACUGCAUACUGCUUUGAACAUCGACAUCUUGAACGCAUAUUGCGGCUACGGGAUAUCCUGUGGCCACGUCUGUCCGAGGGUCGGCUUUCCAUCUAUCACGAUGCACUUUAAGUCGUGGAUUGGGCGAGUGCCUGCCGGCGUGUAUACCCGUAUAUCAACGCGGGUUGCUGGUCAAAGGCUCCGUCCGAAUUUUUCCGGCCACAGCCUAGUCUGGUGUAGAACUUCUGAUUGAGUCGCCACGGUGGGUUGUGCUCGAGUCGUAGCUUAAUGAUAUACAUAUAUGUAAACGCUCGAGAGUACAUGACCUAUCGUGAAUACAGUUACAUAUAAAUGAACGGCUUGAUUGGGGGUCUAUACAUAGUCUAUGGUUUAACCGAGAAUGUGUUAUGCACAUUAUUAUUUUUACCCUGACCUCGGAUCAGAUGUGAAUACCCGCUGAACUUAAGCAUAUCACUAAGCGGAGG